AAACCGCAUCAUUCUAAAUGAACCUGUGGAUAGAUCUGACGAUUACCAAUUUGUUUAUUUUUUCUAUAUUUAGGCUAUGGCAUAAUUUUGCUAAUAAAAUAAGUUUUCUCAGCACGAUGUAAUCAGAGUUUUGUGGAAAGGAACUGAGCGAACACCUUUUUGACAACAGUCAACAUAUAUCCAUAACUUGUUUUUGAAAAUUCAGCUUUCAUAGGUCAAGUCAUCCUAUAUAAAGAUGAUCUCUAAAACAAGGAAGACUGCAUAUAUUUACCUUCUGCUAUUAUCUUCUGUAAUACAUCAUACGUAUGGUCAAACCGGAAUUGCCGGACAUACAGCAACGACCUUUAAACAAACGCACUCAAACUAUUAUUAUCCGUCGGCCGGAUUCAAUAACUUCCCUCAUCCUGCUGCGAAGGGCUAUUUUCCUGUUUCUGCUGUAAACUCUUACAACUAUCCACUGAAUGGACAGUACUGGACCGGUCAGCCUUACCAUUACACAAAAUAUCCACAGUAUCCUCAGUACCAAAAUCAAUUGUACUGGAAUCAUCCAGGACACUAUCAAUACCACCCGCAACAGUACGGCUUCGCCCAUCCUGCGACUGGGUACAACAACCACUAUAGACAGUAUCCGAGCUUUGAUGCUCAAUACUGGAUGGGACACAAUUAUUAUCCUUCACAUAUAGCAUCAGCAUAUAUGCACCCAGCACCUAUACAUCCAAUGUAUAUGCAUCAGGGUCCGAUAUACCAUCAACCGUCGUAUUACCAAGGACAUCACGUCAUGUAUAACGGUCAUUACCCGUAUCAUGCCGUACAAUAUCCAGCCUACCCUUAUUACGUGGACCAUUAUGACAGAGGCUUCUUUGGAGGGACUGGCGGUGAACUGGCAAAGGGACUUUUAGGCGCUCUUUUAGUCGGUACAGUGGCGGGAACAGUCGCUCGUAGAGGAUAAUGUAAACGUUCAGAUUUUCUAAAAACACAUUCUGUAUUGUAGUGCUUGUUAACAAUUUUAGGAUAUUCAGUUCAACGGAUAGUUUAUUCAAAUAAUGCUACACCUGUGGCGCACUGAGUUGAAAUACACUCAGGACCUAGACGUGUUUAAUCUUUAAAGAAGUAUUGUUAUUCAAAAUGAAUGUUUUGAAAUCUGUCGAUGCAUUUGUACUUUCAUAAUAAAGUUCCACUUUGUAGA